ACCAUCACGGCUGCACCUUCUGCCCCGCACCGCAACCGGGACGACCUGAACCAGCCGGGCCGCCUCCGGGAGCCCCCCGUAUGGGCUCACCAGCGCCGGAUCCGGGCCAACGCCAUCGCCAUUCUGACCGUCGCGUGGAUCCUGGGGACCUUCUAUUACCUGUGGCAGGACACCAAACCGCAGUCGUCGCCGUCGUCGGCAUCGCAGACCCGCGGCAGGGGGGGCCAUGGACAGUCCAAGCUGGUCCCCGGGCGGCUGGAGAUCCACCGGGACGACAGGACCAUCCCGUUGAUAGUGACCCAGCCCCCCCGCGUGGACCUGCAGGGCCAGCUGAUGGGUGGCUUCGAUGAGAAGGCGUAUCUGGUGGCGAAGCAGCUGAAGCCCGGCGACGACCCGUACAGAGAACACGCCUUCAACCUGCAGGAGAGCGACCGGCUGGGCAGUGAGAGAGCCAUCCGAGACACCCGACACUACAGGUGUGCGUCUCUGAACUUCGACACCGACCUUCCUUCCACCAGCAUCAUCAUCACUUUUCACAACGAGGCUCGCUCCACCCUCCUCCGCACCGUAAAAAGCGUCCUGAUGAGGAGCCCCCCCUCUCUGAUCCAAGAAAUCAUCCUAAUCGAUGACUUCAGCUCAGACCCCGACGACUGCCAGCUGCUCUCACAGAUCCCAAAAGUCCGCUGUCUGAGGAACGGACGCCGAGAGGGUCUGAUCCGAUCCCGUGUGCGAGGAGCCAACACGGCGUCGGCCGCCAUCCUGACCUUCCUGGACAGCCACUGCGAGGUCAACGCCGACUGGCUGCAGCCGAUGAUCCAGCGAGUUAAAGAGGACCAUACGCGGGUGGUGAGCCCCAUCAUCGACGUCAUCAGCCUGGAUAACUUCGCCUACUUGGCUGCUUCUGCCGAUCUGAGAGGAGGAUUCGACUGGAGCCUCCACUUCAAAUGGGAGCAGAUUCCCAUCGAGCAGAAAAUGGCGAGGAGCGAUCCCACGCAGCCAAUCAGGACUCCUGUCAUCGCCGGUGGGAUCUUUGUGAUGGACAAGAGCUGGUUCAACCACCUGGGCCAGUACGACACCCACAUGGACAUCUGGGGAGGGGAGAACUUUGAGCUGUCUUUCCGGGUGUGGAUGUGCGGUGGAAGCCUGGAGAUUCUUCCCUGCAGCCGCGUGGGUCACGUGUUCAGGAAACGCCACCCGUACGAUUUCCCAGAAGGCAACGCUCUCACCUACAUCAAGAACACCCGGCGGGCGGCGGAGGUGUGGAUGGACGAGUAUAAACAGUACUACUACUCAGCAAGGCCGUCGGCCCAGGGCAAGGCCUUUGGCAGUAUCACAGAUCGUCUGACGCUUCGGCGGAAGUUGAACUGCAAACCCUUCCGUUGGUACAUGGAGAACGUCUAUCCUGAGCUGAGGGUCCCGGAGCAGGAGGCGGUGUCCAGUGUGCUGAAACAAGGCGGUUUGUGUCUGGAGACCCGUGGGACCGACGGUCUGGGCCUGGCAGAGUGCAGGGGCAUCGGAGCGAACAGGCCACAUUCACAGAGGUGGGAGUUAAUCGAGCCGCUCAUCCGUCAACAGGAUCUCUGCUUGGCCAUCACAGCCUUCACAGCAGGGUCAAAGGUCAAGAUGGAGCCGUGUAAUUCUAAAGAGCCCCGACAGAAGUGGAAACCCAAAGGCUCGGCUCUGCAGCACAUGGUCAGUGGUCUGUGCCUGGACAGUCAGACCCCCACCAGCCCCCCCGUCAUCAUGCAGUGUCGCCCCCAGGUGGCCAGCCAAUCCUGGGAGCCGCAGGUGAUCACCUGAGCCACGACCACAGUGGAGGAGGAGGAGGAGGAGGAGGAGGAGGAGGAGGAGGAGGACGGGGGGGGGGGGGGGGGGUCGGUCAGAUUCUGGACUCUGGAGGUCUGGUCUUCAAACUGUUUGUCACUUUCUGAGGUCAGAUCAGGGUCAGACCUGGACAAUGUGGGCGUGGCCAAGGGAAAGGCCGGCGCUCCGUGUACAGUGCUUCAUCCUCGGACGCUGCAGCUUCUCCUUAAUCUAAGCUUUUCACUCAAACUGUUGCACAUUUCACUUUUGGUUUGUCAUCUUUUUUCUGUCCUGGUCGGCCGUUUGUUUAGAUCCGGAGUAGUGAACGUUUCCUGGGAACCACUGAGUGCAUAUUGUACUGUAGCAGACGUCCACGUGCACCGGACCGACCCGGGGUCACGGCGGCGGCAGUCGAGGGCGGGACGUCUCCACGUAACUCCACCCGCAGAUUGGAGUUUGUGGAAGAACCAUGCAAAGCUCUGUCAGGAACCUUAUUUAUUGUUUUGCAUGGUCAGACCCAAAGAAUGUUUUUUUUUUUUUCUGUCUCUACAAAGUUUUCUGUAAAUAUUCGAAGAAGACGAUGGCUUGGAUUUUGUGUAAAGUCUCUAUGUUGUUUGAAAAAUAAAAUGUGGUAACAAAGAUAUGAUGGAUCUGCUUCUGUUGCAGAGGACGAUACCGAAAAAAAGAGGAUCUGGAAAGGAUCACAUUUUAUAACUUUAUAAAGAUUAUUUCAUAAAAGCAACAAAAUUAGAUGGAAAAUCCAAAUGACUGAAAUCAGAUUUAAAUAAAUCUGUUUCUCACAUGUUGAUCACAGUUUUUUUCUCAUUUUCUUUGAUGCAUUUCUUGAAUUAUCAUUAAACCUUCGACAGCAGUGAGUGCAUUUCUCAAAAAAAUACCUAGUAGGAAUAUCUACAAACAUGUUUAAUUUCCUGAAAAUGCUUAAAAUAAGAAUAUCUAUGUCACUGAAACUGUCAGAACCAUCAGAAUGUUCAGUCCUUAUUCCAUUGUUUAUGAAUAAAAUGGUCCAAAUGUGAAA